GGCGGUGGGGCCGGUCGGAGGGUGGUGAGGGGGCAGCUCCGCCGGCGUCGGGACCAGGACAAGGAGCGGCACCGGCAGCGCUGCCAGUGGGACAGGACAGGUACCGGGACCGAGACCGGGACCGAGACCGGCACCGGCAGCACCCGCACCCGCCGGCACCAUGGCCGAAGAUCUGGUGCUGGACACGUGGGACCUGCAGCUGGAGCGCAAUGGGCGGGAGCACCGGACGGCAGACAUGGGGUGCAAGCAGCUGGUGGUGCGGCGGGGACAGCCCUUCACCAUCACCCUGCGCUUCUCAGGCCGGGGCUACGAGGAGGGGGUGGACAAACUCGCCUUCAACGUGGAGACAGGGCCCUGCCCCAGUGAGACGUCAGGAACCAGGUCCCACUUUGCCAUGACUGACUACCCGGAGGAGUCGAGCUGGAGCGCCGUGAUGCAGCAGCAGGACGGGGAGUCCCUUUCUGUGUCGCUCUGCUCCCCUCCCAGCGCCCGCAUCGGCCGCUACUCCCUGACCCUGGAGACCUGCACCGAGUACCAGGGCUCCAGCUUCCACAUCGGCCACUUCAUCCUGCUCUUCAACGCCUGGCACCCAGAGGACACGGUUUUCCUCCGUGACGAGAACGAGCGCCGCGAGUAUGUGCUGUCCCAGCAAGGGCUCAUCUACCAGGGCACCUCCAACUACAUCUUCUCUGUCCCCUGGAACUUUGGCCAGUUCGAGGAUGACAUCCUAUCCAUCUGCCUCAACAUGCUGGACAUAAACCCCAAGCACCUGAGAGACCAGAACCGGGACUGCUCCCGCCGCAAUGACCCCGUGUACAUCGGCAGGGUGGUGAGCGCCAUGGUAAACUGUAACGACGAGGACCGGGGGGUGCUGGCGGGGCGGUGGAACGACCCCUACGACGAUGGCACGAACCCCAUGUCCUGGAUUGGGAGUGUGGAUAUUCUCAAGAGGUGGAAGGAUUUUGGGUGCCAGCCAGUCAAGUACGGCCAGUGCUGGGUCUUUGCUGCUGUGGCAUGUACUGUCAUGCGGUGCCUGGGAAUCCCCACCCGGGUGGUGACCAACUACAACUCGGCCCACGACACAAAUGCCAACCUGACCAUCGACCACUACCUCAACGAGACGGGGGGGCAGGAGCGGCAGUCCUGGGACAAGAUCUGGAACUUCCACUGCUGGGUGGAGUCCUGGAUGGCCCGCCCAGACCUGGCGGGUGACUACGACGGGUGGCAGGUGCUGGAUCCGACGCCCCAGGAGAAGAGCGAAGGAGUUUUCUGCUGCGGGCCGGCCCCCGUCAAAGCCAUCAAAGAGGGCGACAUGCAGCUGAAGUACGACAUCCCCUUCAUCUUCGCGGAGGUGAACGCCGACGUGGUGUACUGGGUGGUGCAGGGCGAUGGGAUGCGGAAGCAGAGCAUCCAGUCCUCCGUGGUGGGGAAGAACAUCAGCACCAAGAGCGUGGGCAAGGACAGCCGGGAGGACAUCACCCACAACUACAAAUAUCCAGAGGGGUCUGAGGAGGAGCGGAAGGUGUUUGCGAAGGCAGAGCACGAGAAGAAGUCCGUCCCGGAGGAGGAUGAGGCGUUGCACCUCAAGAUCAAGGUGUCAGAGGGUGCAAACAAGGGCUCUGACUUCGAUGUCUUCGCCGUCGUCAACAACAACACGGACGUGGAACGCGUGUGCAGCGUCAGGCUGUGCGCCCGCACCACCAGCUACAACGGCACCACCGGGCCCCAGUGCGGCCUCACGGACUUGAUCGACAUUGACCUCGAGCCCCGGUCAGAGAAGAGGGUGCCCAUGCGCAUCCUGUACGAGCAGUACAAGGACAACCUGACCCAGGACAACCUCAUCAAGGUGGUGGCUCUCCUGACUGAUCACCACACCGGCGACGUCAUGGUGGCUGUCAGGGAUGUCUAUGUCGAGAAUCCGCCAAUCAAGAUCAGGAUUUUAGGAGAGCCGAUGCAGAAUCGGAAGCUGGUGGCGGAGAUCAGCAUGGUGAACCCCCUCGAAGUGCCCCUGAGCAACUGCGUGUUCGUGGUGGAGGGCUCCGGCCUCACCCACGGGCAGCGGGUCAAGCAGCUUGAGGAGCCGGUGGAGCCGCAGGCGGAGGCCAAGUUCCGUCUGGAUCUGAUGCCGCACCAGUCGGGGCUCCAGAAGCUGAUGGUGGACUUCGAGAGCGACCAGCUGAGGGGGGUGAAGGGCUACCGCAACGUCAUCAUCGCGCCCCAGCCCAUGUGAGCAGCUGCCGUGGUCCCCCAGCUGCAGAGACCCUGCCUCGCUGGCCCCCCCCUCGCUUUAGCCCAAGAUGGGAACCGAAGGACUGCCAGAGCCCAGCCCGACCCCGACCCAGCGGUGCCACGCUCCUUCCAGGGAGCAGGGACAGGACAAAGGAGCUGGUGGCACUGGGGGGCUCCUGUGGCAGCCGCUCGCUUCACUGCUGUUCCCUCACCCUGUGGGGUGGAAACAUCCCUGCCCUGCCUGUCCCCCAGCACUGGGCGCAGCCGGGACCCCAGAGCAGCCCCCUCCUCUUCGCUGUGCUGGCACCCCCGGCCCCCCAGAGCCCAUUUCAUGGUGGCAGCAGCAGAACGACCCCCCUCCAGCCCCGACUGCACCCGCCAUCGCAAUUCUCUGACUGCAGCUCGGUAGAGAGAGAUUGUAUACUGUGAGCACAAAGCUGUCUAUGCACCAUAUAUACAUACAGAACAAAUCUAUAAAUACGUACUGCAAAUAAUCUGCUGCUUGGGUACAGCCAGGCCUUGGCUCCCGUAACCGUCCUGGCACCGCAGAGACUGCAGGGAGGGAUGGGACGUUGCCUUGACAUGAACCAACCCUGC